AAGUCACACAUUACCAAUCAUCACUGUGAAACCGAACAGAGCGUUUGUGUACAAAGCUCAAGCUGCAAGCAAAGUGUAGAGCAGGAAAUCAAGAGAAAGAGAAGGGAGAGAAAAAGGAACAAUGGAUGUCUUCAGAUGGAUUCAAAUGUUUUCGGCUCUGACACCAAUGCUCCAGUUUACAGCAGUCGCUGUCGAAAACCCUGUUCCGUUCAAGGUCACAGUUGGAGUCGAUGUGUGGCUACCUUGUAAAAAUGUGAGAGAUACUCGGGGGGAAUGUGACGGCAUCAUCUGGACUUUCAGCCCUUCUGGCAAGAAAGUAACGCCGAGUGUUCAACCUGACGGAGACAGACAGACAGUUACAGGCGACUGUUCUCUGCACAUGAAGACGGUGAGAGCCAAGGAUGCCGGUCAAUACAAUUGCACUCAGGUCGACAAUUCGGGGCGAGAACAUGGUGAAGACACUGUGUAUGAUCUGCAAGUUUUUAUGAUCAGUGACGGCAAAGAAACGGCAACAACGCAGGCAACAGAGACUACGACAGCGUCUGCGUCCGGUGGUGCUUCGACAAAACCAAAAGAUUGGUGGUGGUUGUACUUCGGCGUGGCUGUGGUUGUGGCAGCACUUAUAAUAACGCUCGCUGUGAUCGGGUGGAGGAGAACUAAAGGUGAGAUGAAAGCUGAACUUUUUCUCGAUGAAACCAUAAGGACACUUUGGAUCGUUUGGUGGAAGCUCAAGUCAACUCCCAUUUGUGUCUUCCCAGCGCACCAAACACAGGCGGACGACAACGAUGCUGAUCCUGAAGAUGGCGUUUCCUACUCCUACAUCAGCCACACAAAGAAGAGCAGCAGUAACGUCGGGGUUCGGAGUAAAACUGACGAUGAUGAAAACGCAGUGACUUACGCCACUGUGAAAGUUUUCUGUGUCGAUUCCUCCGACCUCCACGCCAGCGUCAACUGACGAGACAAUCAAAACUCUUGUCACUGGAUCACUGGUUUACUUUAUGGAUUCUUUGUAUGAUCAGUUUCAGGAUGGAUUCAUAUGAAAGGAUUCGAAAACAGAAGGUUUUGUUGCGGGUUUUACGUUUUUAAUGUUUUAAGUCUUUAUUUGAUCUGAGUUGUUCAAUGUGUAAUAAUUUCACCAUGUAUUUGUUAGUUCCGUUAGCUUUGACCUGGUUAUGAAUUCAAAGCAAAAUGAGAGGAGGUGGCAUGUGACAUUACAUAGUUAUACAACUUACUGCAAAUGAUGCCACCAUUUAACAAAACAACACAAUAAGCUGAGUGAGCGAAAACUGUAAAAUUCCUAUGAAUAUGAAAAUAUGCCUAUGAAUCAUGUAACUAUGAAGAAGUUAGUUAGAAGGUAGAUAUGAGGCAGAAUAAAUAUAAUUUGAGGAAGUGACACCUUACUGACAAAAUCUAUUUCUAUCAAGUUUACAGACUGGGAACAAGAGAGAGUCUUUAAGAUAAACUUAACUCAUCUCACACCGGGGAAAUUCACUCGUUACAGCAGCAGAGUCAAGGCAACAUGAAAAAACAUGAAAAAAUAUUACAAAAUAUACAAUAAAAACAGAAGACAAAAGACUAUAGAAAAUACUAUAGAAAAAGCUAUGUAUAUAUAUAUAUAUUUAACAGAUUUCAAAGUAUUGUCCUUGUGAAAUCUGAUUUGCCUUAUUCAUUCAUUGUGCAAUGUACAGGUAGGGUAAUGUAUGGCAUAUAUGGAAUAUGACCUGGUGACACGGCACAGUGACACAAGAAUUACCACAAAUUACCACGAAUAGAAACAUAUAUACAAGUUAAGCACAAGACGGCUUGUUUGCUUUUUAAUGCGAGAAAAUCAUACUUAACUUAACUAUUUGCAGUUCUUUUGUUUUGUUUUUCGUGUGCCGGCAUGUUUUGUCAAAUGUUCUAUUUCUACACAUCGAAGUGAAAAUGUAUACGACUGUUGGUACACAAUAAAGCUAUGAAAAAGGAAA